AUGAUUAACCCUGCUCCGUACAGUGAUGAUCCAGAAGCGGUUGCAGCGCGUGAAAGCAUUGAUUAUUCGAAGAAAAUUACCAUUGAAAUGGCAAAAAAUGGCCAAGCUGGACGCCCGGUUCGUGUGUACGCUGAUGGCAUAUAUGACUUGUUCCAUUAUGGGCAUGCGAAUCAACUGCGACAAGCAAAGAAUGCUUUUCCGAACGUUUAUCUGAUC